AUGGCUUCGCGACCUGAAUUGAAGCUCGACGACGAAGGCGGCUUCAUCCGCUUCUUCAAGUCACUACCAUCAGUUAACGAUGAUACAAUCCGUAUUUUUGAUCGAGGCGACUGGUACACUUCCCACGGAGAAGAUGCCAUGUUUAUUGCCAAAACCGUAUACAAGACCACCUCCGUUGUACGACAGCUCGGCCGAAACGAUCACACCGGACUCCCCUCAGUCACAAUGACCAUGACCGUGUUCCGGCAAUUCCUUCGAGAAGCUUUGCUCAAACUGGGCAAGCGGAUAGAAAUCUGGCAGAGCGCUAGUGGACGAAUGAACUGGAAGUGCGUUAAGCAGGCAUCCCCUGGUAACCUGCAAGAUGUCGAGGAUGAUUUGGGUGGACAGAUUGAGUCUGCACCAAUGAUUCUUGCGGUCAAGAUCUCAGCCAAGGCUUCUGAAGCCCGCAACAUUGGUGUCUGCUUCGCCGAUGCUAGUGUUCGAGAGUUGGGAGUCAGCGAGUUCCUUGACAACGACCUAUACUCCAACUUUGAGGCUCUUCUUAUCCAGCUUGGUGUCCGGGAGUGCCUGGUUCAAAUCGACAAGAGUGAAAAGGAGAAGGACCCUGAGCUGGCUAAGUUGAAGAAGAUCAUUGAUAACUGCGGCGUGGCCAUUGCCGAGCGGCCAAGCGGCGACUUUGGCACCCGAGAUAUCGAGCAAGAUCUCGCUCGUCUACUGAAAGACGAGCGAUCAGCUACUCUCCUCCCCCAGACAGACCUCAAGCUGGCCAUGGGUUCUGCCGCUUCUCUUAUCAAGUACCUCGGCGUACUCCAAGAUCCAUCCAACUUUGGCCAGUACCAGCUCUACCAGCAUGAUCUGGCUCAGUUCAUGAAGUUGGAUGCUGCUGCUCUCAAGGCUCUCAAUCUCAUGCCAGGCCCACGGGAUGGCUCUAAAACCAUGAGCGUCUAUGGCGUUCUCAACCACUGCAAGACCCCUGUGGGCAGCCGGCUUUUGGCCCAAUGGCUGAAGCAGCCCCUGAUGAGCAAGCAAGAGAUCGAGAAGCGUCAGCAACUGGUGGAAGCCUUUUACGUCGACACCGAGCUCCGCCAGACCCUACAAGAGGAGCAUCUGCGCUCCAUCCCCGAUCUCUACCGACUGUCCAAGCGAUUCCAGCGCGGCAAGGCAAACUUGGAAGACGUUGUCCGUGCGUACCAGGUUGUGAUCCGUCUCCCUGGCUUCAUUGGCACAUUCGAAGGUGUCAUGGACGAAAACUACAAGGAUCCUCUUGAUGAGGCUUACACCACCAAGCUUCGUGACCUGUCAGAUAGUCUGGGCAAGUUGCAAGACAUGGUUGAGCAGACAGUCGACCUGGAUGCUCUGGAUCGCCAUGAGUACAUCAUCAAGGCCGACUUUGACAAGGGCUUGCGCAUCAUCCGCAAGAAGCUCGAUCAACUCGACUCGGAUAUCCGGGCUGAGUUUUUGUCCUCAGCAAGGGACCUCGGUCAGGAGCCUGACAAGAAGAUCUUCCUUGAGACCAACCACAAGGUCCACGGUGUAUGCAUGCGCCUCACCCGACAGGAGGCUGGCUGCAUUCGAAACAAGUCCGGCUACCAGGAGUGCUCUACACAGAAGAACGGCGUCUACUUUACCACCAAGAAGAUGCAGGCAUACCGCCGGGAGCAUGACCAACUAUCACAAAACUACAACAGGACCCAGAGCAGUCUUGUUCACGAGGUAGUCCAGGUCGCCUCAUCGUACUGCCCAGUUCUAGAACGCCUUGCCGGUGUACUUGCUCACCUCGACGUUAUCGUCUCGCUGGGACACGCUGCGGUUCAUGCCCCUGAAUCGUAUGUGCGACCCAAGAUUCAUGCUCGCGGUGAGGGCCAAACAAUUCUGAAGGAAGCCCGACACCCCUGCAUGGAGCUGCAGGAUGAUGUCCAGUUUAUCACCAAUGAUAUCGAGCUCACUCGCGACAAGUCGUCGUUCCUUAUCAUCACUGGCCCCAACAUGGGUGGCAAGUCGACGUACAUCCGACAAACGGGCGUCAUUGCUCUCAUGGCUCAAGUGGGAUGCUUCGUGCCCUGUAGUGAGGCCGAACUUACCAUCUAUGACUCGAUCCUGGCGCGUGUUGGUGCCAGUGAUUCACAGCUCAAGGGCGUCUCGACAUUCAUGGCCGAGAUGCUGGAGACGGCCAACAUCCUCAAGUCGGCCACCGCGGACUCCCUGAUCAUUAUUGAUGAGCUCGGCCGUGGUACGUCGACGUACGACGGAUUUGGUCUGGCAUGGGCCAUCUCUGAGCACAUUGUUAAGGAGAUUGGCUGCUCGGCCAUGUUUGCCACACAUUUCCACGAACUCACAGCCCUGGCGGACCAGUACCCCCAGGUACAGAACCUCCAUGUGACGGCGCACAUCGGCGGCACUGGCGGUGUAGUCUCCGAGGCUGACGCUAAACGGGAGGUGACGCUACUGUACAAGGUAGCUCCGGGCGUGUGCGACCAGAGCUUCGGCAUCCACGUCGCUGAGCUGGUGAGAUUCCCGGACAAGGUGGUGCGUAUGGCGAAGCGCAAGGCAGAUGAACUCGAGGACUUUACGACCAAACACGAGGACCUUGCGCUGCAGUACAGCAAGGAGGACGUGGAACAGGGUAGUGCUAUGCUGAAGCGGGUGCUGGUGGAGUGGAAGGAGAAGGUGAAUCAGGGCAACAUGAGCCGUGAGGAGCAAGUGGCGGCCCUCAAGGAGCUCGUCGGAGCGAAUGCCGAUCUUCAGGCCAACCCGUUCUUUCAGUCGGUCAAGGCUCUGUAA